ACUGCAAUUAAUUCAAACACCUCAAGGAAGAUUAAGAAGAGAGGAAUCGAAGAAACAUGCCAGGGCAGCUCCUUCAAGUAUUCACUUACAUAACCGUGGCAUUGAAUCGCGCCCUUGCGUACCUGGACCGUGGAGUUCACUAUGCCAGCGGAUACCUCCUGUACUGCUGCUUGCGUGGGCUCAAGCCCCAGACUCACACCAGGCCAUGCAAAACCAAGGAAGGCCGUAUCUACUCGCCCAGUGUUGUGGUGACGGGUGCGGUACAAGGCAUCGGCCUCGCAACCUCUGUGCGCCUCGCGGCAAAAGGCUACACUGUCUUUGCAACCGCUAAGAACGACUCGGAGCUCACCAAGAUCAAAUCCGCCGUGGCCAACCUGCCGCCCAUGACCGAAGGCGGGAGCAUCCACCCGGCCAUCAUGGACGUGCUGUCGCACGACAGCAUCUCGCACUGCCUCUCCCACAUCGAGUCGGUGCUGGCAAGCGACCCGCCCGAGGUCCACAGGCCGCUGGUCGGCGUGGUCAACAACGCGGGCUACUGCAUGAUCUCGCCCAUGGAGCUGACGCCUGACUCCGAGGUGCGGCGCAUCUUUGAGCUCGACUUUUGGGCCUACAUCGCCGUCGUGCGCGCGUUUCUGCCUAUCAUCAAGCGGAACAAGGGCCGGUUUUUGAAUGUGGGCAGUUAUGGUGGUUAUGUAAACCCGCCGAUGUGGGCUCCGUAUUGUGCGCUCAAGGCGGCUGUGGAGGGUAUGACGAGGGCUUGGAGGUUGGAGCUUAUGCCUUUUGGUGUUGGUGAGUGUCUCUCUCAGUUCUCUUUUUACCGGGUUUAUAUCGAGUCGCAACGCAAUGCGAAGCUAACGGCUCGCAAGGGAUGACCACCAUUCGACCUGGAUGGACCAGGUCUGGCGGGGUCGGCCCGAAGCUUCGUGAUGCGUGGAACAACUACUUCGAUAGCCUGGCGAAAGGAGCUGUUGGCGUCGACAGCUUUGGGAAUGUGAUCAGGGCGGAGGGACAAAUUCCGGAAGCGGAGGCGAGGGUUUAUCGGCCAAUGCUAGAGAAGUGGUAAGUUGGGAGAAUGCAAAAUUCCUCUCGUUUCUAGCCCGAUUGUGUGUUCCAGAGGGUGAGCUGACUCUCACAGGUAUAAGCUCACUUCGCUGGCUGCUGAUGGCGCCGCUCAGCCGGCUGAGGCGGUUGCGGAAACCGUCCAUGACGCGCUCUCGGACCGGUUCCUGCAGCCAUACUACACUGCCGGAUACG